AAAAAAACACAACGACCUCAAACUUACGGAACCUUGAAUCAUCAUCGUCAUCCAACCACCAAAAUCAAACAGAUCUCAACCUUCUUUGUUAAUGGCGAAGUAGCACCAAUCACAACACGACACCAAAAGUUUUCGAUUUUAUUUUUGAAAUUUUUUUAUUUGAAACGCCGCCAUUUUUGAUGGAGGAAGCUAACACCAAGUCUUCAAUGGCGGAGGAGAGAGUAAAUGAGGCGAUUACUGAACCAGAAACUAAGGCGCCCGUCGCUGAUGGCGGAGGUGGUGGUGGCGGCGGUGGUGGUUGGGGAGGAUGGGGGUUUUCGCCAUUGUCGUAUCUCUCAGAUCUUCAGAAAGCUGCCGCGCUUGCCGCCGAGGAGAUACGCACUGCCGCUGAGAGCUUUGGUAACAUAGAAGAUGUUGCUGAAGAGGAACCUUUGAACACAGAGGAUGACACUAUAGAUUCUGUCACAGAAGGGGAAGAUGGAAAAGAAAAGGAAAAGUUGAUGUCUGCUCUGGAUAAGUUGGAGAAGGCUAGUGAAGACACAUUUUUUAGCCAGGGUUUGAAGGUGAUAGAUGGCUCAGUGGAAAAUUUUGCAUCAGGAGCCUGGAAGGCACUAGGAAGUGCAUUUCAAGGCGGUUCUAACCUCAUUCAAAAACUUGAGCAUUCUGCUGUUAGCAUAGCUGAUUCUGUUCAACAUGAUGCAAGUUUGAUUGCUCCAUCGUUCUUAGAGACUGGAAAAGCUAUUACUUUCAAGGGAAUGCAAGUUCUUGAAAACGUGGGUAAGGAGACUAUGGAUUUGUUGAUCUCUGAGACUGGUAUUGAAGUUGAUAAGAAGUUUGAUGGAGAUGAUCAUCAAAGUCACGACAACCUGCUGUAUGAGGAAAUGACAUUUGACCGGUGUUUCUACAUAUAUGGAGGCCCCGAACAAUUGGAGGAAUUGGAGGCAUUGUCAAGCCAUUAUUCCCUAAUUUUUAACAGAAGAAAAGCCAAGUUGUCAUCAGAGGAGAAGUCAUUAUAUGAGGGAAAAGUGAAACAGGUUGAGGAAAUUCUUAAUUUGAAUACUGAAACUGAGAGAACUACUCUGCAAUCAGACAAAGGAAAGAAUAUAAAAAUUGAGGCUGAAGACACUGAACUCAAGAGCUUACAUGACUCAAGUCUCAGUAAGGCUGCUGACUUGGCUGCAGGGUUUACUAGCGCCCUAGCUGGAGUAAGUGCUAAUGACAUCAUCCAAAGGACUACUGGCAGACUGGAAACUUUACACUCUGAAGGGGUUCAUAGGCUGUCAGAGAUUUGUUGUUUUGCCAUGUCUCAACUAUUGAUGUUGGGAAAAUCCAUGAUAUCUAGUGCAAACAAGAAUCAGGAGAUAAAUGCAGAUGAAGAUAGGAUUAAAAUUCAAUGGCCAGAGGAUUCUCUUGAAAAAGCUAAAAUAAUCAGAUCCAAGGCUCAAUCAAUGAUCGAGAGCAUGGAAGCUGUUUCUAAGAGCUUCAUCACUGGUAUAUCUGAUGUGACUGAAGCUUAUCUUGCUGCCGUGAAAGUUGUUUCAACAACUGAUUCUCAUGAAACUCCUCCAGAGAAGUCAAUUCAAGACAGAGCCAAUGCAUUUUCAGAACUUCUCCGCGCAGAUCAGACUAUUGCUGUGGAUAAAAUUCAGGACGGCCUUCAAUACUUGUGCUUUGUUGCCGUGUCAACCUCCAUGCCUCCUGCUCCCUGAAGAAGCAGGAUUUCAUCUGUAAAUAGUGACCUAACUAGAAUUCUCUCUUCUGUUUUCGUCCAAAUUGUUCAAUGAAGGGAAGUACCUUGUCCACUCCAUUGAGACAUCUUGUGCUAGUUUUUGAUUGCACUAGGAAUAGGGUUAGUUGCAUAGAAAUACAGAAGCCAGAAGUAAAUUUGUUAGUAGAUGUUAUAACGUACAAUUUGUAUUGCUGUAUUGUGAUUUAGGUUUCUUUGAAAUUUCAGAAUGGGAUGAAACCUUGGUGAGAAUUGUUAGAUGAGACAACAAGCUUACAAGCAGACAAUAUAGCCCUAGAUGCAAAGUGUUGAACCACCAACAAGUUCUUAUGUGAUAUUCUUGAUAAGAAUUUAUCAAGAUGUUACAACUAGAUUAAUUGGCGAAAGCCAUGAAAAUGUAAUCCAUGUAUUGGAAUAAAAAUUGUUUUGGAAAUGAUUAUGAUGUAAUAUACUCCAUAUUG